UAGCCUCCGCUGCGCACACACACACACACACACACACACUCUCGCUGGAUCAGCUGCGCGCUCGCAGUAGUCCGUGCGUCCCUUCCCCCCGCGGCCUGGCUGCUGCUGAUGAGAUGAGUGGAAGAUGUCGGUGUCGGGGCUGAAGGCCGAAUUAAAGUUCCUCGAGUCAAUUUUUGACCUAAACCAUGAGCGCUUCAGAAUAAUCGACUGGAAGCCCGAUGAACUGAGCUGCCAGUUCAAUGUGACAGGAGAAAAGCUGCUGAUUAUUCACUGCAACAUCACGGAGUCUUACCCUUCAACCCCACCAAUAUGGUUUGUUGAUUCAGAUGACCCAAGUCUGACUGAAGUCCUUGAACGACUAGAGGAUGUCAGAAAAGGCAAUACUUUGCUCCUACAGCAGCUGAAAAGGCUGAUCUGUGAUUUAUGCCGACUCUAUAACCUGCCCCAGCAUCCUGAUGUGGAGAUGUUGGAUCAGCCUCUUCCUGCUGGACCCAUCAGUCAAGACAAGAAGGCGUGUGAGCUGAUGCAGACUUUUUGUCCUUGUUCUUCCCAGCAUGGAACAACAGAUGAAGUGACAUCAGAAGAAGAGGAGGAAGAGGAAAUGCCAGAGCAGGAUAUUGAAGAUCUAGACCACUAUGACAUGAAAGAGGAGGAACCGGUUGAUGGGAAAAAGUCAGAGGAUGAUGGCAUUGAAAAGGAGAAUCUGGCCAUUCUGGAGAAAAUCCGCAAGAACCAGAGGCAGGACCACUUGAACGUAAGUGUCCAUUCGGGUGCGGUGUCUGGUUCAGUUCAGGCCUCUGACCGCCUCAUGAAGGAACUCAGGGAGAUCUAUAGAUCACCGAGUUAUAAGACAGGUAUCUAUUCAGUGGAGUUAGUCAAUGAUAGCCUGUACGAGUGGCAUGUCAAGUUAAGGACGGUUGACCCAGACAGUCCGUUACACAGCGACUUGCAGGUUUUGAAGGAAAAAGAAGGCAUGGACUACAUUCUCCUCAAUUUCUCUUAUAAAGAUAACUUUCCUUUUGAUCCUCCCUUUGUACGGGUUGUGUCUCCUGUUCUGUCUGGAGGCUAUGUUCUUGGUGGAGGAGCCUUGUGUAUGGAGCUACUUACAAAACAGGGCUGGAGCAGUGCCUACUCAAUAGAGUCAGUCAUCAUGCAAAUCAACGCCACCUUAGUCAAAGGGAAAGCCAGAGUGCAGUUCGGAGCAAAUAAGAAUCAAUACAAUCUUGCCAGAGCACAACAGUCAUACAAAUCAUUGGUUCAGAUUCAUGAAAAGAACGGCUGGUACACACCUCCUAAAGAAGAUGGCUAGGAAAAUCAUUGAUCCACUUAAACACUGCAAACAUGGGAUAUCUGGUCAAAACUUUGCUUUAUUUUACUAAUGUUUUCACCUCUUCAGCUUGAGUAUGAUGCCCCUCCUGUAAGUGGAAGCCAUUGGGGAAACGUUUGCCCUCUCGCUGUCUGGAAUGCUCAGAAAUUUGCACCGUCCUUUAUCUUCUGCAAGGCUGGACUCUUUGACCAGAUCCCAUGACGUCUGGAUUUCUGUCUGUUUCUCAUGCUCUCUUUCUCUCUCUCAUCUUUUGUCUUCUAUACUGAUGGGACGUUCAGAACCUUGGUACUAAUAAGGCAUUCAACAUGGCGUUUCAAAAUGGUCUGAUCAGAGAAAGAUGUUUUUUUUCUUUUUCCUUUUUCACUUUUACUGGAGCUUGGCUCUGUUCAGGAUUAUUACAUAGAUGGAGAUGCUCAAUGAAGAUGCUGGAUCUGAUCCUCUCUGUCUGCUUUUAAAGGACGUUCUUAUGGCCAUGGACUUUAAAUGGUGGUUUACUGAACUUAAAACAGGAUAUGGAUGCAACUAGAGACAAUGUGCCACUGCUCUUGUAUCUAUAGAGACUUUUUUUUUUCCCUCAUGCAUUCUGAGAUAACAUGUAAUGGUACAUUUAAUGCUGAUGUCGUUGAAGAAUCGUUACUUGCCACAAUUAUAUGUGUAAGCUUCCUAAGCAACCCUAAUGUUAACAAUAACAGCGAGGACGAGAGGAAGGGGCGUUUAUACAACUCUAACUAAGAUCUCGUUUUUCCAACUAAGGAUGAAUUCCACUCAGUUUCCUCAAGC